AUGGUGGAAUAUUUUAGUAGAAUAGAACAAGAGUCAGGGAUUGAGUUACUGAAGAAAGCAACUAAUCUUGGACAUGAAGUAGCUGCAUACAUGCUCGGAUUAAUCCUCUUGUGCACUAAUUACCCACUAAAAGAUCAAGCUUUAGAAAUUCUACAAAAAGUAGAGCAAGGAUGUUCACCAUCAUCAUCAGCAAAGAUUAAAAAAUGUCGUAAUCGAUUGAAGGAGAUACUCAAGCACAUGUGGACUAGUACUGUUUCUGUCCCAAAACCAGCUGAACCCAUUAUCCCACACAGUUUAGUCUGCAAUAAGAGAAAUGGAUUGAUUAAUUCUUCUGGGUGGUUAUCAAUUGAAGAUGAAGAACCUCCAAAUUGUGAAGCUUGUAAAUGGGAUCGGGAAAUUGUUCUGCUUAGGAAUGUGCUACAUGCAACAUCAUAG